GAGUGGCGUGAGGGGGGUCCCUGGCCCUGGGCUCGGCCUCCGCCGGGCGGUGCGGGGGUCCCGGGCGCCCCUUGGAGCGAGGCCGCAGCCGCGCGUCCCGGGGCGGGGGCGGGCAGGGCGGCCCGGCCCGGCCCGGCCGCAGCCAUGAGCAGGAGCGGCCGAGGGGCGCCUGGGCGAGGGCGGUGUGAGAAGGUCCGGUGGGAGGGACCCCCAGUGUCAGGGACCCCGCGCUGGUUAAUGCCCGCAGGUCCCGCCAGCCUGGUGUCCUGCCGGGGGCGGCAAGCGCCCUUUGAGAAGGAAAUGAGGCCGUGGCAUUCCUGUCAGCGCUCACCAGCCCUCCCCAGCUUUGGCUCGGGGGCUCCCUGAGCUGGGUAAUCAUGGAUCAGGUAAUGCAAUUCGUGGAACCCAGCCGUCAGUUUGUAAAAGACUCCAUACGACUUGUUAAAAGAUGCACCAAGCCUGACAGAAAAGAGUUCCAGAAGAUUGCCAUGGCAACAGCAAUAGGCUUUGCGAUAAUGGGAUUUAUUGGUUUCUUUGUCAAAUUGAUCCAUAUCCCAAUCAACAAUAUCAUCGUAGGCGGCUGAAUAUUCAUCAUGAAGAACAAGACACUGUGACAUUUGCUGCAAAGAUUUCACAGCUUUGUAACUUGUUUGCUAUUAAACAAGCUCAGUUUGGAUUUUCAAA